CGGCAAGCCGCCCGAAAAAUUGUUCGAUGCUCGUUGGGGGAAAAUCAUGCUGUUUUCCCGUCCGUUACUGAGCGGAUGUGGAGGAUUAAGCUUCAGGCAUCAACACGAUUGCCUACCUCCUUGCCCUUUUCGACGUCGACCCAGAGGAUUUAUACCUCGGCUUCCCACCUUUCUCUUGGGAUCAAAGUCGACCUCUCCGGACUUGACUGAUCGAUUUGAUCUAUCACUACUUGGGGCAUAGCGCCUUCCGGUUUUUGUCAACGUUCUUUCCUUCCUGGUCGGACCCACAGUCCGCGGGAUACCAUCUCCAGGGUUCCGAAACUGCCGGCACCUCCGUUACCGUUACCGCAAGCGCUACCCGAUCUGAAGGAUGAAGAGGACUGUUGACGGCGGGUACAAGCAACCGUCAGAUCAGCCUCCUCGUCCAAUUGUCCCUGCGCCGGUAUCGAAUGAGACGUCAUUGCCGGACGCGUCACCUCCGGCUCCCGAAGACACACUCCCUCAUGAUCGGCCUCCGCUAAAUCUCACUGCACCCGUGUCGACGGGUGCCGUACCGCAGAUCAGCUCGAUCGUCUCGGUUCCAAUAUCAUCAGGUUCCGUUGCAACAGGCAGAGACCGUGCAGUAAAGGCAUGCCGGAACUGUCGACGGCAGAAAGUGCGAUGUGAAGGAGCCGAACACGCACCUUGCAAACGUUGCAGGAGUUCGAAGAUCGAGUGUAUUUUCGAUCGUAAGGAGAUUGACCCAGAUGACCUGGCAUGGCGUCAGGCAGUCGAGAGCAGGCUUGAUUCUUUCGGGAAGACCUUGGAUACCAUCCUGGAGUUCAUGAAGGCGCAGACGGGGGCAGCUGGUCCUGCUGCAUAUGCAGGUAUACCUCCAGUUGCAUCAUCUGUUGGACAGGUCUCCCAAGGUGCCUCUCCUCAGUCGGUGCCGCGAUCUACACCGCGUAACCUUUCACCUCGGCAGUCUUUUGUGCCUGAUCCACUCCCUCCUCCGCCGGGCUCCUCUGCCUCACUAGCGUCUGAGCAUAUGAAAGCGGCCCCUUCAAGUCGUCACCAGUUCCCAGGACAAACACCAAUUCAGCAGAUGGUGGGGCAGGCCCCACCGCAAGGCUUGCCUUACGCCGACAUGCAGGCAAUGUCAUCUGGCUACAUCCCUCCUGUUGGUAUGUCCUCGAUACCGCCGCAGCAGGUGCAGCAGGCAGUGCAGUUUCCAACACAAAACCCACCUGGACAAUCAUGGAAUCCGUACGAGCAGCUUACGUCUCCACCCAACACUGUUCCAGGCAGUCAUUACCCUGCUUUCCAAGUACCUGGCACCAUACCCCAGGCCUACCCCGACAACUUGAACAUGUCAGCAGCUAUGAACGCCUUCCAGGCUCAACAUUCUCAAAUACCUUCUGCAGUUGCUGGUUCUCCCGGUAACCAGGUUGCUCCGCGACCUCCCUCCUCUCAGCAAGACCUAAUCACGAAAGGAUCGCUUACCUAUGAGCAGGCAAGUAUUUUAUAUACAUUCUUUCACCAAAGGAUUAGUCCUUUUCUCUUCGGGUUCAUGAUCACGAGCGGCUCACUACCCGAACUACGACAACGUUCCCCCCUAUUAUUAGCAGCAAUAUGUGCUGUUUCAUCCCUUUAUUGUCAAGAGCUCACUCAUUUAUUCUCGGUUUGCAAGAUGGAGUUGGAGGAGUUAACGACGGCAUUGUUGUUUGCGCCGGCGUCUGGACAGGAUUUUUCGUCGCCAGAGUAUAUUGAUACGGUUAUUGCAUUGUGUGUGGCGAGUUUGUGGAUGGGGGAGGCAGGGUGGCAUAUGUCGGGGAUUGCGGCAAGAUUGGCGGUGCAGUGUGGGUUGCAGAAGAGUUUCCAGAGUGUUGUUCAGGAGAAGGCGGCGAUACAGUCGGCAAACGUUCUUGCUGGUGGGUCAGCUGGAGGUUCACCGGUUCAGCCCAACGGUGUGGUGACGAAGAAGCAACCGGUGUCAAAAGAUGUCAGUACGGAGAAGCUGAAUAAGCUACGUCUGUGGUACCUUCUAUUCUGCAUCGAUCGGCAGCAAGCAGUCUUGUCGUCACGACCACCGCUGCUCGUGCAGGAGGAGGCCCGACAUGCAAGAAUCCUGCUUGAGGGGACCCACGACGUCCACUCUGACCUAAGACUUGUCGAGCAAGUCGAGCUUAACGUGGUUCUUAGCAAGAUCAUGGAGAAUUCCAAUAACGACAUGAUCCCGCCGCAGCAAUGGUCGAGCAAAACAUGGGAGAGCAACUUCGAGCUUGAUCAGUGGAUGGUGUCUUGGGCCGUGAAACUGUCACCGCAGAAGUACAACAGUGCUUGGCCGACUAAGGCGGUUCUGCUCAACUAUCAUUACGCGAAGUUGUUCCUUAAUUCUGGCGCCUCUGUCGAUGGUAGCAAGCUCUCGCAGAAUCCUCUUACCGCCGAACACGUUGACAACGUUCGCGGAGCGGUUGCUGCGGCAAACAGUGUCCUCGACCUUGUUGCUAACGAUUCGGACGUUCAGUUUGCUCUGGCGUACGUGCCUUGUAACUUCCAUACCAUGUUGUUUCAGGCAAGUCGCUUUCUAUUGAAGUCGCUCAGUAAUGGCAUCGGUGAUGUCGUCGGUGGUAACGCGACUCAGCGCGAGGCCAAAUCCAUUGCGUUGGUGACAAGGGUUGCUCAGAUCAUGCGUGAGCGGACAGUCACGAACAAGGCUGUACCAUUCACGUUGUCGCAGGCUCUCACGAAGUUGUUGGCUGAGACGGUUACGAAGAUUACUCCUGUUCCGCCUGAGAAGGUGGAGCCUGUGCCGAAGAGAGCGAGGAUUGCGGCGUGGCCCGGAAGUAUACCAGACUACCCUGCCAUGAAUGGAUCUGAUACUCAGGUCGAGGCACGAGACACUCCUGAUUAUCCGCUCUCCCACCCCGAUGACUUCGAGACGAGUCCUCGAGGUCAAAAUGUGCAGCCUUAUCCUGUACCUAAUACGAAUGGAACGCCAAGCGGUGGUGAUGACGACGCGGAUGAUGGAAGGUUUUUCUGAGUUGACCGAAUGGUUGUUUUGCAUUUUUGGGUCGGCGUUUGUGUGGGGCAAAUAUAUGAAGGGUUUGGACAAUGUUUCUGAAGAAGAAGGGGAUAUAUCUUAAUGUUGACGCAUUAUUACGGCUUAUGCAUACCUAUUGUAAUAUCUAUUGACAGUGGAAUGUCGUUCACUCUCCU